CGGCCAUGUUGGAGCGGCGGAGGCGGCGCAGAGGCGCGUCCUGGGGUCCCCGCGGCGGCGCCGGUGCCAGGCGCUAGUUUGUGGAUACCCAGGCAGAUCUGCAGUGCCUAAUGCCAUGAGCGUGGUGGUGCAGCAUGUGGAAGAAAAAGCUGUACACUCCUGGUCUCGCAUCUCCACAGCAGGGAAGAAGGUGCUGGAGGAGGCAUUGCUUGUCUUUAAUCCCAUGAGCCAGGAUCUUUGUGCCACAGAAGCCCAGCUGGUGGCCUUCCUGCAGGGCCUUCGAGAUGAUGGCUUCCAGCCAACCAUUCUGCGCAGUGGUGAUGUCUAUGGCUACAGUUCGUGCACAGCCACUCCCCCAAGCCAGACAAAACCACAAGCUUGUGCCAACUCAACUUCCACAUCACCUCCAGCUAGUGCUCCCCAAACUGCCACGCAGCAGCCCAGAAGCCCAACCACGCCAUUCCCCAUGUCACUGUCUGGCAGGCAGGCCAAAGAAUCCACACCAACACUUGCCAAGCAUACUACCACCAACCUGCUGCUGAGCUCCUUGAAGCAGUCAAGUGCCAGCCACACCAGUGGCAAAACAGUGGGCUUCCCUGCCCACCUUUAUCCAGGUGUUUACCCUGCCAUGCAGCUCUCUGUUGUCCUUGAGGCUCUGGUUCCAUUCAAGACUCACAUGCCUUGCUUGGAUGCUAAGCCCAAGGCACGGUCACUGCAGCUGUCACUUGCAGACUGUCCUCUAAAGCUGCGAAAAGGUUCAGGAAAACAUCCAGGGGACCCUCAAUCCAAAGCCCCCCGAAAAAACACAAGUAAGGGCCUCAAGGGUCUGAUUCACAAAGGCCAUGGGGCUGGACCCCAACAAGGCACUAGACCCCAGAACAAGACUUAUAGAACCACUCGAUCCCUCAGUGGCCUGCAAGUAAACAAGAGCUCUGCCUCAGGCACCAAAACAUCCCAGGCUAAGACAGCUGGAACCCUCAUCAAAGCUGCCCGUGCCCUGGUCAGUGUUGCUCAAACACAAGCCAAGGCAACACGGGCCAGGGGCAAGGCAGCACUACCCAGAGGCAGAAGAGCACAGCUCAGGGCCAAAAUAGCACUACCCAGAGGCAGAAGAGCACAGCUCAGGGCCAAGAUAGCACUACCCAAGGGCAAGCCAGCAUCUCCCAGAGGCAAGACUCCCCUGUCCAGGGGCAAACCAGCACAGGCCAAGGCAAAAGCCCCCCUCACAGAAGCCAAGGCUAAAGUGAAGGCAAUACACGUCAAAGCCAAGGUGGCUCAGACCCAACCCAGAAGCAGGCCAAAGGGAUCUGUUCACUCCAGGACUGGAAGGAAGGGCCAGAAAAGCCUUUCUGAGACUGUGGGACAGAAGAGGAAAAAGGCUGAUGAGGCAAAGGAUCUUCUCCCCAAGAAGAGGACACGGCUUGGGCUCCAAUCUAAAGCAUGGCAAAGGCCCGGAACAGCAAAACUUAAGCUCCCUGCCAUAAAGGUCGAUAAACAGUCCUCAGAUGAUGAGGUUCUGCAGUGGGCCCAACAGAUCCUCUGUGUGAACCUAUCUCCUAUAAUACGACUUCAGCCAUUGCCCCCAUACUCAACAUCCUGACUCCUUCAUAAGGAUGCUUGGAAAAACAAA